AUGGGCGAUCACCCGACCGGCGGCGACCGGAAGGUCGCCAAGCUCCCCGUGGCCGGCAAGCGAAACAUACUCAUCACCAGCGCCUUGCCAUAUGUCAACAACGUACCUCAUCUCGGCAACAUCAUCGGAUGUGUGUUGAGUGCGGAUGUGUUUGCUCGCUACUGCCGGCUGCGAGGCUACAAUGCUAUCUACAUCUGUGGAACUGAUGAGUAUGGAACUGCCACCGAAACGAAGGCCUUGGAGGAGAAAUGCUCCCCUAAAGAGAUUUGUGACAAGUACCAUGCCAUUCAUCGGGAGGUUUACAAAUGGUUUAAUAUAAGUUUCGAUGAAUUUGGGCGAACCUCGGCACCGCAGCAGACUGAAGUCUGUCAUUCCAUUUUCAAGAAGCUGUUAGAGAACAACUGGCUUUCUGAGAACACGAUGCAGCAGCUGUACUGUGAUACGUGUACAAAGUUCUUGGCCGAUCGACUUGUUGAGGGUAUGUGUCCAACACCAGGUUGUAAUUAUGACUCUGCAAGAGGAGAUCAAUGUGAAAAGUGUGGAAAACUUCUGAAUCCAACCGAGCUGAUGGAUCCUAAGUGCAAGGUCUGUCGCAACACUCCACGUAUUCGCGAUACGGAUCACUUGUUUCUUGAGCUUCCCUUGCUAAAGGAUCAACUCGUGGAAUAUAUUGAGCACAUGUCCGUAGCUGGAUCUUGGAGCCAGAAUGCCAUCCAAGCUACUAAUGCAUGGCUUAGAGAAGGGCUCAGAUCACGUUGUAUUACCAGAGAUUUGAAGUGGGGUGUUCCUGUUCCCCACGAGAAGUACAAGGACAAGGUUUUCUAUGUCUGGUUUGAUGCUCCUAUCGGAUAUGUUUCAAUCACAGCUAGCUACACUCCUGACUGGGAGAAAUGGUGGAAGAAUCCUGAAAAUGUUGAGCUGUUUCAGUUCAUGGGAAAGGAUAAUGUGCCCUUCCACACUGUUAUGUUUCCUUCUUCACUUAUUGGAACUGGUGAAAGUUGGACCAUGAUGAAGACUAUAAGUGUGACAGAAUACUUAAAUUACGAAGCAGGGAAAUUCUCGAAAAGUAAAGGAAUAGGCGUUUUUGGUACUGAUGUCAAAGAUACUAACAUCCCUGCUGAAGUAUAUCGAUAUUAUCUACUGACUAACCGUCCAGAGGUAUCUGAUACACUAUUUACAUGGGCUGAUUUGCAAGCCAAACUUAACAGCGAGCUGCUCAACAAUUUGGGGAACUUCGUCAAUAGAGUCUUGAGUUUUAUUGCUAAACCUGAAGGUGAUGGUUAUGGCUCCAUUAUUCCAGAUGCUCCAGGUUCAGAGUCUCAUCCAUUGACAAAGAAACUUGCUGAAGAAGUUGGCAGACACGUGGACCAAUAUCUAGAAGCCAUGGAAAAGGUCAAACUAAAACAAGGACUUAAAAUUGCUAUGAGCAUUUCAAGUGAAGGAAACGCUUAUCUUCAAGAAAGUCAAUUCUGGAAGCUUUACAAGGAAGACAAACCUUCCUGUUCCAUAGUGAUACGGACCUCCGUUGGACUAGUAUAUCUUCUUGCAUGUUUGUUGGAACCCUAUAUGCCAUCCUUCUCUGUUGAGGUUUUCAAGCAGCUUAAUUUGCCUUUCGAACAAGCUUCACUUUCUGAUGAAAAAGGAGAUAUUGAGAGGGCAAAAAGACCAUGGGAGAUAAUUCCUCCUGGUCAUAGAAUUGGGACGCCAGCGCCUUUGUUUAAAGAACUGAAAGAUGAAGAGGUGGAGUUCUACAGUAGCAAAUUUGCCGGCAGUCAGGCUGACAGGUUAGAGAGGGCAGAGGCUGAAGCUGUGAAGGUUGCUGCUCAACUGAAGAAGUCAAAAAUUUCAGAUGGUGGGAAAAAGCAACAAAGUAAAAAGCCUGCUGGAGAUGGUAAGUCCAAGGGAACAGUUGAGCCAGAAAUCACCAUAACAAGGCUGGAUAUUCGUGUCGGCUUGAUAAAGAAAGCACAGAAGCACCCUGAUGCCGACUCCCUCUAUGUGGAAGAAAUUGAUGUGGGUGAAGCAGAACCUAGAACAGUUGUCAGUGGACUCGUCAAUUACAUACCUCUUGAAGAUAUGCAGAACCGCAAGGUGUGUGUUCUCUGCAACCUGAAGCCCGCCUCCAUGAGGGGAAUCAAGUCACAAGCAAUGGUUCUUGCUGCUUCCAACAGCGACCACACUAAGGUUGAAUUGGUUGAACCACCCGAAUCUGCUGCAAUCGGUGAGAGAGUCAAGUUUGCGGAUCUCGAAGGGGAGCCUGAUGGUGUACUUAACCCAAAGAAGAAAGUAUGGGAGACGCUGCAGGUGGACUUCCAAACCAACAGUGAAUUGGUAGCUUGCUUCAAAGACAUCCCAUUCACAACAUCCGCCGGGGUGUGCAAGGUUGCUUCCAUUAGUAAUGGUACCAUAAGGUAG